AUGAGUUCUGAUGGACGAUCAUUCCUUAACUACCCUCAGCCUAUUGAGGGACCGGCUGUUCCUUAUAAGAAUGAGGACCAGUCGAUCCCAGUCUUCCGAGGGAUUCCUCUGGUGAUCGGAGCCACAUUGAUCCAGAAUGUUGGCUUUAUACAGAGCCACUUCUGGCGCAAUGCCGGCUUCAACGUUAUCCGUCAGAUCCGCCAUCUGCAGGACUACGCUGGCCGAGUCGACCCUAGUGUAAUUCCCAUUGAGGCUGCCCCCUCGGAAGUUCCAGUCGCUACUGUGGCGAGAAGGAACGGAAGCAAGGGAUAUUAUACUUCGGCCGAUUACCAUGCUCUCUACGAAUCGGGCGAACUGACACCGACCGUGGUGGUGGAGACAUUGCUACCUCUGAUCCGCCGCGACCUUGAGAAACCCGGAAAGCAUUCGACCGCAUUUCUUGAGUCUCGAGUCGAUAUAAUCCGUGCCGCUGCCGAGGCGUCUACAAAGAGAUAUAAGGAAGGAAAGCCACUGGGCCCUCUCGACGGCGUCCCGGUUGCGGUUAAGGAUGAAGUCAACAUCACUGGGUAUAAGCAGACCCUAGGAUCCAAGCUGGAUUUUACUGUGAAGGCACACGAAACAUCGUGGUGUGUCAAGCAGUGGGAGGAUGCCGGUGCAAUUAUCAUUGGAAAAACCACCAUGCAUGAACUGGGCUUAGACACAAACAACAAUAAUCCAAACUAUGGUACACCAAAGAACCCCCAUAACAGUGCUUUCUACUGUGGCGGCUCUUCGGGAGGAUCCGGCUAUGCAGUAGGAUCCGGUCUCGUGCCCAUCGCCCUCGGCGCAGAUGGCGGUGGCUCAAUCCGCAUUCCGUCCUCAUUCUGCGGCAUCUGGGGUCUCAAGACAACACACGGCCGAGUAUCCCGUUCUCCAACGCAGAACCUUGCGCCAUCAGUCGGCGUUGUGGGGCCCAUGGCCUCGAGCAUCGACGAUCUCGCCAUCUCAUACCGCAUUAUGGCCGCCCCAGCCCCGGCCUCUCAAGACCCAAUCUCCGCUCAAUUCCCCGUUCCAGUCCCCGCUCCUUCAGACCGAAAAAGGGCCAAGACAAUCGGCAUCGUCAGUGAAUGGAUCGAUCGAGCCGAGCCAGCCGUCCGAGAAGUCUUCGACAGGGCACUGAAAUACUACCGCGAAAACGGCUACUCAGUCAUCGACAUCAAGAUCCCCUAUCUACCGGAGGGACAGCGCGCACACGUGCUGACCAUCAUGUCAGAUAUUGCGUCGGGCAUCAACCCGAACCAGAUCAGUAAGCUCACGGCGCCAAACAAGGUGCUCGUGUCGAUGGGAAUGUACCAGAUCACCGCGCAGGAUUUCCUCUCCGCGCAGCGACUGCGCAAUCUGCUCAUGACGCAUCUUGCGUACCUCUUCAAGACCCACCCAGGCCUCAUGGUCUUCAGCCCCACAACCCCCAUCCCCGGGUGGCACAUUGACGGCGGUGACGCAGACCUUGCGCGGGGGCUGUCGGAUGGCACGACCUCUGUCCGGAACAUGGAAUAUGUCUGGCUGGCGAACUUCACAGGAUGUCCUUCGAUCAACUGCCCGGCCGGAUUUGAUAAGAGGACCGGCGCCCCGAUCGGCAUUAUGGCGAUGAGCGAAUGGGGCACGGAAGAAGACUUGCUUGACUUUGCGCGGGAUGGCGAGGGUAUCCUGGAUCUUCCAGAUAACCAGGCGCCUUCGGCCGAGGCGGAUGCGUCUUCUAAGGGUUUGCGCAUUCCAUCAGGUAGCGCAGCAUCCUGGGAAGACGUCAUUGCGCUUGCGAAGGAAAAGCAGGCAUCGGCCUAG